AUGGUUUUUGGAGAAAGCUCCUUUCGAUCGCGGGCAGUGAGCCUGCUCCGCCCUUCCACUCCUUCCAAAGCUCAAUCGCUUGGCCAAGGCGCAAAUCAGGAGAAGGGAUCUGGCAUCGCCUCGAACACGCCUACAGAGUCACCUCUGAACGAAAAGCCCAAAGCCGAAGAGGGACAAAACGGUCUGGAGAAAUCGCAAACUCUUUCUUCGAAUGGAAAGACGUUUUUUUCUUCUGGCGAUAAUGCGGUGGUUAACGACGAGGCCGCUCAGAGGAUUGUCAGGACAAUACCGAGUUGGGUACAUACCCUCGAUGAGGAGGACGAAGAUUUACUCGCGACAGCACCCUCGUUGCCUCACACUCCUGCCGGUGCUUUAAUAGCCCAAGAGACUAGCACCACGAUCGCUGCUCAGAAUCAAAACCCAGGCCCAGCUCGAGGCCGUUUGUACGAUCAUGAGCGGAAGUCGACUCCUCCUCUUGCUAGGGAUGCAGUACGAGAAUCGGGGUCACGGUGGAGGGCAUUCGCUAGCUCUUCUGCAUACCCGACUAUUUCUGCAGAAGGUGGAGAGAUCGUUACGGAAGAAUGGCUGCAGCAGAAUGGUCCAGACUAUUCAAGACCCUGGCUCGCUGGUGCUUCGGAUGGGGAUCCUGAAAAGGAUCCGGCAGGCUUAUACAGAUUCAGGGCAAAGAGAAGAGCGUGGUACGUCAGAGCUCAGCGGACGGUUCUGCGAAAUCCUAUUGUACCAAUGAUCAUCCGCAUGAACGUAUGGCUCUUCUCAGCAGUCGCUCUGGCUCUCGCAUGUUCAAUUCACCACAUUACGGAUAAGAACCCAACAGACAUCUCUGCUACACCCUCUACGAAUAUGGCAAUUGUCGUGGACGCGGUUGCCCUGGUUUACCUUCUCUACAUCACAUAUGAUGAAUACUCUGGAAAACCUCUCGGCUUACGGCCCGCGAAAGCCAAGAUGCGGCUCAUCUUCCUGGAUCUUUUCUUCAUUGUGUUUGAUUCUGCAAAUUUGAGCCUGGCUUUCGAGGCUAUUAAAGGGAACUGCGAGUCUCAAGUCUGCUCUCGGCAGAAGGCCUUGGCUUCGGUCCUGUUGAUUGCAUUAAUUGCGUGGCUUCUAACCUUUUCCAUAAGUGUCAUGAGGCUUGUAGAGCGGGUUACUACGAGAUGA